AUGAACAUGGCACCGAUUCGAUUCGUGUUGAAGCCAUCGAGUAAGAAACGGCGACGCUGGGAGAGUGGCCCCUCGGACGAGAAGGAGAAGAGGAAGGCGUUGGUAUGCAGCGUAUUUGACAGCAUAGGAGAGAAGCAGGUGCGGGAAGAAGAAUGUGGUGAUGAUGGGCGUGGAGUGGAGCGUCGAGUGGCUUUGCUUGAAGAUGUUCGGACGAAAGUAGAGCGGCUGAAAGGGGAAGGCAAUACGCUUGCGGAAGCUGGACGAUAUCGGGCGGCAAUGAGAAGAUGGCGAGAAGCUCUGGGUGAGGACCCAAGGAAUGCUGCGCUGUAUGAGCUACUGGCCCAGGCUUCGAUGGCGCUGUACGAGGACUUCGAGGCGGUUUUGUUUGCACGCAAAGCGACCGACUUGGCGCCAACGUGGAGUGACGGAUUCCUGACUCUCGCUCGGUGUCAACUCAAUUUUGGCGAGUUGACACUCGCUCUUGAAGCUCUUCAUCGAGCCGUUGAGCUGGAUGGUGGAGUAUGGACAGACGAAAUGGCAUCUGAUCGUCGGGAGAUUGACAAGCGACUGGCGAAGCAGGAACAAAUACUGCGUAAACGCGACGAAGAGGCGGCACGGGAAGUUGAGCUGGAUAAACUGCAGGUGAUUUCGUGUUUCAAACAUUUGACUCUUCGAGCCAAAACGGGACGCAGUCUCGAGGGAAGCAAAUAA